ACGGCUGGGGCUCAGCGGUGGAGCAGCCGAGGAGCAGCUGGGCCUGUGGCCUGGGAGGCAGUCUUGCGGGCGCCUCCCGCCGCAGCCCACAGCCGGGCUCUGCAGCUGGGUCCUGCCUCCCCUCUCGGGAGGGCCAUGGCCUGGACUUGGCUGCUGCUUCUCCUGGCCCUCGGGUGUCCGGCCCUGCCCACAGAUCUUAUUUCCUUCCCUCCCCCUCCAGCGGUGACUACCGUCCUGAGGCUAGCACAGCAAGGUGUGGGCGGCACACCCGUCCCCUCCCUGGCCCCACCAAUCACGCUGCUGGUGGAUGGGAAGCAGCAGACGCUGGUGGUCUGCCUGGUUCUCGAUGUCGCACCCCCUGGCCUUGAGAGCCCCAUCUGGUUCUCAGCCGACAAUGGCAGCUCACUGGACGCCUUCACCUACGGCCCUUCCCCAGAGGCCGACGGCACCUGGACUAGCUUGGCUCAGCUCUCUCUGCCCUCUGAGGAGCUGGCAGCCUGGGAAAACUUGGUCUGCCACACCGGGCCUGAGGCUGGCGGCCGCAGCCAGCGCACACGGCCCCUACAGCUGUCAGGAGAGGCUUCCUCAGCCAGGACCUGCCUCUGGGAGCGUCUCAGGGGGAUGCGGGGCCAGGCCGUGCGGCUGGGGGCGCUGCGGCUGCUGCUGUUCAAGCUGCUGCUGUUGGACGUGCUCCUGACCUGCGGCCGCCUCCGUGCCCCGCCGUCCGCGCGGGGGGACCCCCGGCUCCGCACGCGCCCCAUGGGCCCGCAGGCGCACCGCCGUCUCCCGCAGCCUCCGCCCGACGUCUGGAUUGGGCGCAGUGCCGGGGGGACCGCGGGCCCGGGGCUCAGCGAGUCCGUCCAGCUGGCGCUGCAGCCCCACUGUCCGGGCCAGGAGCCCCGGGGCCCAGUCCGGGAGGAGGGGACGCUUUCAACCCACCGAGCUUGGGCCUGGUGCUCAUGAGCCCGCCCGUAUUCCAUCUGUAAGCCUCGCAGUAGUUGUAUGUGACCGGCCUCCUCCUGCAGAUGGAAGUUUCCAGGGCUGGGUUCCGUCUCCCGCCUCGGAUUGAGGCCUUCUGAGGGAGGAGGGUGGUGUGCUGAAGGUACUGGGACGUUUGAGGUGCAGAGAACUGAGAACAAUUAAAGGAGAACCGAAAUGACCCAAACAAAUGAAACAUUUGAAUUCAUGUCUGCCCUGGGAGGUGGGAAUUUGGCAGAUUUUGAAAAGGCAGAAAUCUGGGAGGGCUCCCUUGAG